AUAAAUAGGUUGCGUAACAGAAACAUGUGAUUUGUGUCUUUAAUCCUUACCGGAUUCAUGAAAUGUGCCAACAAAUGUAUCAAACAAAAAGCCUGCUACUUGUUAACUUAAUGACUUGUUAAAAUCUAGAGUGAAAAGAGUAAUAAUCAAUCAAUGCUGGUUAAUGGUUAGUGAAACCAUGAGCCAACUCCAGUUGAUGGCUCUUAGGUAAAUAUAAAGUCCUCCCAAAACUGGAUAUAUAUCUUUGGCCCUUCCCCAACAACCUGUGCCCUCUCUUAAUGUGAAGACGCAGCUCAAACUGAACUGAACAUAUUGAAUUGCUUUGAAUCGCUUGCACCCUGUCUGCUCAAACUGCAACGUGAUUUUUUGACCUGUCCACUAUGACAGCAGAGGGAAGGCCAGAUGGGUUCAGCGAGUCAGGAAAAAAGGAAUAUUCAGAGAUGAAUAUGAACCAAAAGCCUCAAGCUAAUUGUUGCUCUCCGACUCUAAAGAUCUUUAUUGGAGUUCUUGCAUUUGCUUUUUUCACCAAAUCUCUGUCGGGGACUUACUCCAAGAGCACCAUCACUCAGAUUGAGAAAAGGUUUGAUAUCUCCAGCUCCACUGUUGGCGUCAUCGAUGGAAGCUUCGAAAUGGGUAAUCUGUUGGUCAUUACUGUGGUAAGCUACUUUGGUGCCAAGUUUCACAGGCCCAAGAUCAUUGGAGCAGGAGCUCUGCUGAUGGCUGCAGGCACACUGUUAAUGUCUCUACCUCACUUUCUGAUGGGACGGUACGAGUAUGAGACAGUUGCCUCCCACACUAAUGAUGCUGAUAAUUUUACACUAAGCUCUAUCUGCUCACCUAACACCCAGAAUCCCUUUCAACAGCCUGUUUCUGGGUGUCAAAACGGAGAAGAGGAAGGCUCGCCCAUGUGGGUUGUUCUUAUGGUGGGAAACAUUAUCCGGGGCAUCGGGGAAGCCACCAUUGUGCCUUUGGGAAUAUCAUUCAUAGAUGACUAUGCACGCCCAGAAAACUCUGCUUUCUACAUUGGUUGUCUACACACAAUUAGCGUGAUCGGUCCACUGUUUGGUUACUCCCUUGGAUCUCUCUGUGCUAGUCUUUAUGUGGACAUUGGUUUAGUGAGCCAAGAAAGUUUAAGCAUCACCCAACAGGACUCUCGGUGGGUUGGGGCCUGGUGGUUGGGUUAUGUGGUUGCAGGAUGUCUGACACUUUUGGCUGCUUUGCCUUUCUGGUGCCUUCCCCGAGCUCUGCCUGAAAUCCCCAAGAGCGCUGAGCUAGACCACCCCUCAAAUCAGCACCAACACACAACCAGCAUUAAAGAUAUAGCCAAAGAGUUUGGUCCAUCUCUGAAGCGUUUGCUCUCAAACAAGAUCUAUUUCCUCUACUUGAUUUCCAACCUUAUGAUGUUUAACGCCUUCGUCAUAAUUAUAACAUACGUGCCUAAGUACUUGGAACAGCAGUUUGGACAGAGCACAUCCAAAACCAACUUUCUCAUAGGAGUGACUACUAUGCCAGCUGUGGCUCUUGGUAUUUUUCUGAGUGGGGUGGUGAUGAAGAAGUUUAAACUUGGUCUUCUGGGCGCCUCCAAAGUGGCUUUCUUUACCUCUAUUGCUGGAUUUCUAUGCUCUUUGCCUUACUUUGCUCUCAGCUGCCAAAAUAUUGAUUUUGCUGGCGUCACAGCUCCCUAUCAAAGUUCCAUGGAUGUUCAAACUAUAGAUGGUUUACUGUCUUCCUGCAACUCAGCAUGUGGUUGCACCGACAGCCAGUGGGAUCCAGUGUGUGGACAGAAUGGCAUCACCUACAUCUCUCCCUGCCAUGCUGGCUGUGAUUCUACCCAUGGCACAGGGCGAAAUAUGACUUUCCAUGAAUGUUCGUGUGUCAGGAGCUGGGCUCCGAAUGCAGGAAACUCAUCUGCAGCAUUGGGACAGUGUUCACGAGAGAGCAACUGUGCUAAAAUGUUUUACAUCUUUCUGGCACUUCAGUCUGUCAGCUUCUUUGUGUACUGCCUGGGCAGCACUCCUAUCUUCAUCAUCUCACUGAGGUCCGUGGAGCCUGAACUAAAGUCUCUCUCUGUUGGGAUGUUACUGCUUGUUUUAAGAGUCCUGGGUGGCAUACCUGCACCCAUUUAUUUUGGCGCGCUUAUUGACUCUACCUGUCUGAAAUGGGGCAAUAGAAAAUGUGGUGGAAGAGGGGCGUGCAGAAUAUACGACAUUCAUACUUUCAGGAUGCUGUUUCUUGGACUGGUCGCCUGUUUGCGGGUCUUUGGUUACGCUUUGUUUUGGAUAGCGAUCACAUACAUUAAAAAAAAGGAACAAGCAGAACAAUCCGUAGAACUCCAGAAACCAGCGGUGUGUGAUCCAGAUCUGGAGGAGGCUUUAAAUCAAUCCUCUGCCGAGGACAAUCAUGAGGUUCAGAAAGCUCUAAAGGAGGAGUUUUUAUGAUGCAUUGAUACACAUAAUAUUUUUUUGUGUAUAGUUGUUUUUGCUCAUUAUAGACGGUUUCAUCAGCAACAACAUAAUGAUUUUGUGGCCCAAAGUUAACUUCCACUAGACUAGCAAAGAACCAGAAUCCCUCUAGAUUAUUUCUGAUAACAUGCUUAAUUAAUAACUAAUAAAGUAAAUUACCUCAGUUUAAAUCAUAGUUAAAGCAUAUCAACUACUAUACUGAGCAAUUAUUGUACAAUGUAUAAUGUUACAAUGUUAGCUACAGAUCUUUGAAUUCUUGCUUGGCUGUCAAGUCUCUCUUCGUACAGCAAUGAUCCAUGCUCGCCAUCUCCCCUGGUCUUUAGGAAACCAAAACAUUUUUACAAUAGUCAACAUUUGAAGUGGAUAAAGUUCAUGUAAAGUUGUACCAAGACAAGAACGUGUAUUGAGUAUUGGCUUUUAUCCAAUAUAUAAUCAUUUAUAAAAGAUUUCUUUUGAUCCACUUUAAAUGUUGACUAGUCUCUUAAACCCUGAGGACCCUGUCCCGGGUCCAAAAUUUAGUAUUUUGACUUAAUAUAAAAUAUUCUUUUAAUCUUUAAUGGUCCGUCAUGGACCCCAGUAACACAUAUGAGAUACUGUUUGAAAGCUUAGAGUCUCUACUUUCUGCAGAUAUGCAUCACUUUGAAAUACAUUUUACAUGAAGAAAUUUAUUUACACUUAAUUUACACUAUCACCCCCCCCCCAUAUUUUUUAUAUCAUUUAAUUUUCACAUAUUUCAUAUUUUUCAAAUAUGACAAACAUGGGCAAGUCUUAUAUCACAUGAAAGCUCUCAUUCUCGGGAAUAAGGCUACAGUGUUCUCAACACAUAUCCAACAAUCGUCGAAUGAAUAAUGAGGUAAAAAAUGGUCUUUUGUAAACAUAUGUGAAACUUGAGUGUGAACUGCCUCAGAUAGCACAUAUAGCCACAAAUGAUACACCAUCUUUUAUUUUAGGUCCUACUCUAAACAAUGAAUCCAUUCACAGCAUUUUCUUAGGUUGUGUGCAUGAAUAAUCCCUUGCUAUUCAUUAUAUGUGCAAAACAAAAAAAAUUAUAUUUAUUUGGAAAAUUUAUUUUACAUCCGUCAGUAAAAUGAGAAUAACUUUU